UGUUUCCAGCGUUCCAAUCUCCCUCCCAAUCAUGUGAUUCAGGCGUUCCACCCCUCCCCUCCCAAUCUUCUGCUGAUCUUGCACAGCCCCUCCCAAUCAUGUGAUUCAGGUGUCCCAAUCCCCUCCAUAUCAUGUGAUUCAGGUGUCCCAAUCCCCUCCAUAUCAUGUGAUUCAGGUGUCCCAAUCCCCUCCAUAUCAUGUGAUUCAGGUGUCCCAAUCCCCUCCAUAUCAUGUGAUUCAGGUGUCCCAAUCCCCUCCAUAUCAUGUGAUUCAGGUGUCCCAAUCCCCUCCAUAUCAUGUGAUUCAGGUGUCCCAAUCCCCUCCAUGGACCCAGGUGUAUACAAUCAAGCCCCUAGGCAU